ACAGAGCCUCUUUCUGUCUCUCCUUCCUUUGAUGUGAAAAUUUGGAAAUCUCCUCCUUUUGGGGCCUCACUGAACCAAAUCUAUCUCUAAAUUCUCAUUCUUUUUUCUUUCCCUUUAAUUUCCUCACUCCUAUCAAUUCCUCUACCACGUUCCCCUUACUGAUUCAACAAUUUCCCAUUUUGCUAAGCCACUUUCUGAUGAUCUCUUCAUUAUCUUUUGGACAUUUUGAGGCUGUAGAUCCAACCGCAAUUCCAACUUGAUGUUUUCUUGAAGUACCCAUUUCUUAUGUUGCUAAGAUUUCUCAACAUUUCAGCAAUUUGUAUAGAAUUUUGGUGAAUUCAGCAUGUGGGUACUUUCCUUUGUGUUACGAGAACCUGUAAGAUAGCACUUAGGGUUUGUAACACUCUUGUUUUCUUUCAAGCACUGUACUUUUUGUGUUGAGGAAUUAUACUUGCAAUGGAUUAUGGAAGAGAAACUAAUGUAGUGCAAGUAAUCACUGGGAAUAGUGUUGGCGGUGAUAUUUGGUCUGCUGAUCAAGCAGUUUGGGCUACUGAGGAUGAGUACCGAGUUUGGAAUAAUGGUGACGCGUUGGCGGACACCAUGUCCAACUCGAAUUAUGAUCAAAGGCAAUCUCAAAGUCGCUCUGGAAGCGAACCCCCAAAUAAGAAAUCAAGGAACUCCCAAGAUGCAACUUCGUCUAACCGGUCAAAAGCCAUUGGGAAAAUGUUUUUCAAAACCAAACUUUGUUGCAAAUUCCGUGCUGGGACGUGCCCCUACGUCACUAAUUGCAACUUUGCUCAUAGCAUUGAGGAGCUUCGAAGGCCACCUCCAAAUUGGCAAGAAAUUGUGGCUGCUCAUGAGGAAGAAAAGGGGGUAUCUUCAGAGCCAAGGGAAGAAUAUCAAAUUCCAAUAGUCUCUACAGGUUAUGGUGUGGAGACUCAGAGGUCGUAUAAAGGGAGGCAUUGCAAGAAGUUUUAUACUGAGGAAGGCUGCCCUUAUGGGGAUAAUUGUACUUUUCUUCAUGAUGAGCAGUCAAAGAAUCGAGAGAGUGUGGCAAUAAGUUUAGGUCCAGGAGGGUAUGGUGGUGCUGCAAAUGGAGCAAAUAACAAGCCAUCAAAUUGGAAAACAAGGAUUUGCAAUAAGUGGGAAUUGACAGGAUAUUGCCCAUUUGGAAGUAAAUGCCAUUUUGCUCAUGGCGUUGCAGAAUUACACCGAUAUGGUGGUGGGCUUGUGGAGGGGGACGUUAGAGAGUCUUCUUCAGCCCCUCCUGACAAUAAGCAGGGUGGAGUACCUUCUAAAACCCCAGCAGAUACUGUGGUAGUAUCAGUCCCGCUAGUUCCUCAUUCUGAUGUUUAUCACCUCGGAGUUCCAUCACAAAGAUCAUCGAUUGUAAUUCAGAGGCCUGGGCAGAGAGCCCAUCAGAAAUGGAAGGGACCAGACAAAAUCAGUAGGAUAUAUGGUGACUGGAUUGAUGAGAUCGAAUAAAAUCUGGGAUCCUCGCUUCCAAAUGUUAAAGAUGUAAUGUGGUAACUUACAUAUAUCCUCCAUGGAUUUAGAUAGAAAACUAGAUACCAAGUCUCUGCAAGAGAUUUUGGGAUCAUGUAGCUGUAACUUAUCUGUAGAAGUAGUUUUUGUUUCCUUGCUUCUAGUUUAGGUUUCAUGCCUGGCUUGGUAAAGGCACAGCCCAUCUGUUUCAUGUGCGAAUUUUGUUGUUACAAUUAGAACUUGAAGCUUGUAUCACUCUCUUAGUUGUCCUUAUUACCAUAUACAAUUAUGGGAUGACCGUUUUCGUCCAGAGAGACGAUGGUCAUUAGCUUGUACCACUUUGUUCAAAUUAUCAAUUAAAAUGAUUAAACGUCUCGCUUUCACCCA